GAAUAAAUCGUAGGUGUAAUCACCACAAGGAGAUCCCAUAAAUCUGCCCAGAGCCCAGCCGGCUGCUCCCCUCCAAAACACACACUGGGGAAAGGUCUACAGCCCCCAUCCCUGCUCCAUCCCAGCCCACUGGAUGCCGGUGCCGGACCACAUACAGGAUGUCCCCAUCCCCAGCAACCUCUGCUCUGUGCCUGUCCCCCCUAGGCAAAGUGUACUUCUUGAAGACGUACCGCAAGCUGAGCUACGCCGAGGCGGUGCAGGCCUGCAAGAACAACGGGGCGGCCGUGGCCAAGGUGGGCCAGCUCUACGCUGCCUGGAAGAUCCAGCUGCUGGACCGCUGCGAGGCGGGCUGGCUGGAGGACGGCAGCAUCCGCUACCCCAUCGUCAACCCGCGGGCACGCUGCGGCGGCCGGGAGCCCGGCGUGCGCAACCUGGGCUUCCCCGACAAGAAGUACAAGCUUUUUGGGGUUUAUUGCUUUAAAAAGGCCGGGGAGGCUGCUCCGGAGAAGGCGCUGGGUGGGGGGGGGCACCCCAACCGUGUGUGAGGGUCACCCUCUGCGGGAGCGCCCCAACCUUUUGGCCAGGACAACCCCGUCUCUAUGUGUUGGGCUCCCUGGUGCUGCUGCCCCGCAGCGUGGGGAGCUGCAGGCAGCUCCUGUGUUGGACUGGGAGAGGUGUCCACGCGCUACCGGUGCAGGAGCUGCACCGCGGGCUGCGCACGAAGCCUGGUGACACUUGGGGAAACUGAGGCAGCGGGAGGGGAGCAGCUUCAUUGACCCAGCCAGGAGCCUGCGCUUGGACCCAGGGCUGGCUCCCAGCUCAUCGCAGCUCUUGCUUGUCAAUCAGCGCAUUGCAUGUGCUAAAGGCCCAUCCAGAGCAAAGCAGGCUAGAGCCCCACAGUGUCCUUAUCCUCAUGUCCACCGUCCCCAGCUCCGCGCUGUCCCUGGGGCUAUGCAGCACUGAACCCCCCGGGAGAUGCAACCAGCACCGUCGCACCAGUCCGUCCCCGCAGGGGAUGGGGGGCACUGGGCUUGGCUUCAUGCAGCGUGGGUCGCCGGGGGCACCCGCAGCCCCUGCAGCUCAGUGCACACCUCGGCCUGGGCCUCGGGCAGCUCCUCAGUGCUUGGCUCCGUGCAGCAGCAGAGGUGGGAGCGGGGAGGUGCUGGGUGGGCUCCGUGCCCUGCGCCCCGGCUCGAGGCUUCCUGCAGCCCUGGCGCUCGUGAGCUGGACGUAGAUGAAAUAAAAGCUUCGGCCGCUUUGGAGAGCUGA